AUGCCGACGUGGGAUUUGGAAGAAUUGGAGGCCGUCCAUCAAAGUAUCUAUCUUAACACAAAUUUUACUAAGCUGAGAGAACUAUAUGCUUUAUGGGGUGGAAUACCUAGAUAUGUUGUAGAAAAGGCGGAAAUGGAAAGUUCACAGAUUCUUCUUGAGAUGGCUUUAGCUACAGCUGACUUCGAUAAAAUAAUUCAAAAUGUUGAAAACAUUGAAUCAAAAAAGGAUGCGA